AUGUUCUUCCUUUCCUUCUCCUUCUUCAAUCUACAAGUAUUCUCCUUUACUAGUUCCACUUCUUAUUGUCAUUCACUGCUCUGUGCUGUCUUAUACGCAAUCUUAGCACCGUUGGUUUCUGUCAGACAGCACAUCGCAAACUAUACGACUGCCGAAUUAUCGCAAAGGCAACUACAUUCUUCCAUCGCAACCUCUACCACCAUGUCCUACAACAAACCAGACUAUCCUCCUCCUUCCUACCCGGCACCCGUCCACGACGCCGGCCCCUAUCCACCCCAACAAUCCCCAUCCGGCGGCGGCGCAGCCAACGACUACUAUAACCAAGGUGGCCAAGGCGGCUAUUACCCACCCCAACAACAACACUACGGAUCUCCUCCUCCUCAGCAAGGCUACGGCUACGGAUCGCCACCGCCCCCGGGCCAGCCAAUGUACUAUCCGCCGCAGGGAUAUCCGCAACCGCAGCCGGGGUACUAUCAGGGUCAGCAGGACCGCGGAGGGUCGACUGGGGGUGGUAUUUGCGCGGGUAUAAUGGCGGCGCUGGCGUGUUGCUGCUGUUUGGAUUUGAUCUUCUAG